AUGGAUGCCCUCGAGUUGAUAGAGGAACCCUCUCUGAUGCGUAUGAUCAGAUCCCUCAUCCCUCCUCUCCUCCUCUCAUCUCCCUCAUCCCUCCUCUCCUCCUCUCAUCUCCCUCAUCCCUCCUCUCCUCCUCUCAUCUCCCUAAUCCCUCCUCUCCUCCUCUCAUCUCCCUCAUCCCUCCUCUCCUCCUCUCAUCUCCCUAAUCCCUCCUCUCCUCCUCUCAUCUCCCUCAUCCCUCCUCUCCUCCUCUCAUCUCCCUCAUCCCUCCUCUCCUCCUCUCAUCUCCCUCAUCCCUCCUCUCCUCCUCUCAUCUCCCUCAUCCCUCCUCUCCUCCUCUCAUCUCCCUCAUCCCUUCUCUCCUCCUCUCAUCUCCCUCAUCCCUCCUCUCCUCCUCUCAUCUCCCUCAUCCCUCCUCUCCUCCCCUCAUCUCCCUAA